AGAAGAUUGCGGCGGCGCCGGCAUCAGCAGCGGAAGUGGAGGCUGGCUGAGCCUUUGCGAGCAAGAGGAGAGGUUAUCACGCGAGCCCCCAGUGUAACAGUGAUUGAUCUUCGUAAACAGGUGCAUUUCGAUUGAGCGUUGAUUAGUCGGCAUUUAUUAGGGAGUAACGCGCGUCGAAUGUGAUUCACGUACGCGGUACGAUGACCGGAAUUAUUUCACCGAGUAGAUAGUACCGAGCGGUACUUAAUUGGUACAAAAACAAGUAGCUUAGUGUAUGGGUGUGUGUGCAUGGUUUAAGAACGUUGUGAAAGGCGAAGAUUAAAAGAAAAAUCAAAUGAUAUAGGAAAAAAAAAAAAAAAACGAAAGAAAAAAAUCGCCAAAUUAUAAUAAGAAACAAGAAAGCAAAACAACAACGAUAGGUAAAUAAACACGUACGCAAGUGGUGAGUUAAAAACAAAGGGAGGCUACAAAAACUGUACAGCAAUAGAGCAAUAAGAAUAAUGAGUGUUUACAACAACGCCGAGGGUGCGGACAACUGGUCAGAAUUUUGUGACAGGCACGCCCGAGCGGCGGCGUCCGAUUUUGCAAAGGCAUUCUGCACGUACGUUAAUCUUAACCUGCCGGAAAGCGCGAGGGCAACUUUGUCGCAUCGCGAUUUUUUGCGAAAAUUUGUCGACACGUUCUGCGAGCAUUUUGAGACGGAGUUUUUACGCCGCAGCACGAGGUCGCCCUCCUACGACACGCGACUUCACCACCAGGCUUCCGGAAACGAGGCUGACGCGAACGCUCCGAACAAUCAAAACAAUACCAGACCGCCGAUCCGGGCCUCCUCAAACGAAGAGUUCAGCGAUUACUCGGAACAGGAUGGCGAACCUGUCUCACCGAAGCCGGUGCACAAGACGUUCUUCCGACGUCUUUCUUUCAAGGGGCUCAAAAAGGGCAAGGGAUUCUUCCACAAGCAGCAGAGCGACGAGGUGGAGUUAUCCCACAGCGAGCACAGAAGGGACAAACACUCCAAGGCGAAGCUGUCAAAGAUUGUCGUCGAGUGCAGGAAGGAGGGAAUCGUCAAUUGCUUGAUAGGCGAAAACAUCGACGGUACCCAAAAGUGGGAGAAGUGUCGACUUGCCCUUGUCAAGGCCAUCGGUGGCUACAUGCUCGAAUUCUACUCGCCGCCAAAGGCGUUCAAGCCGAGAAGCGGCGUGUUUUGCUUCAGGAUAACCGAGGCGAGGGAAACCACUGCUCUGGAAAUGCCGGACCAUGAAAACACCUUCGUUCUCAAGGCUGAACAGAACUUAGAAUUCGUUAUUGAGGCUCACGACUCCAUUGACAUGCGGUCUUGGCUUGCUACUAUCAAGUACUGCAUGAGGUCUGCACCCACUACUUCCAACGCCAUGGGCUCGACACCCGGUGAUUCCGCCGCCAAUUCUGUUGCUCAUAGUUCAAACUCCGACGGAGAAAGAGUCAGAGCUAAUUCGGCGAGUAAAAAUACUAGAACGAUCCAGGAUCAGCACAGUCUUGAGGAGCAGGGAAAUCCACCCGAGCUACCCCCACGGCUCAGACUCAGUAACAACAGUAAUUUGGACCUGCUUUAUCCCUCUCAUCAAGAAAUAGAAGAAUUAUCUGGUAACGACGGAGACUUAGACUUGUCGACCAGCUUACGUGAAUAUCGGUGGUUUCACGGAACAUUACCCAGAUCAGAUGCAGCACAACUUGUCCUUCACGGCGCAGCUAAUGGGCACGGAGUAUUUCUAGUCCGGCAAAGUGAGACCAGAAAAGGGGAGUUCGUUCUGACGUUCAACUUUCAAGGAAGAGCAAAGCACCUACGAAUGACGUUGAACGAUCAAGGGCAAUGUCGAGUUCAACACCUCUGGUUCCCAGCAAUCCACGACAUGCUGGAACACUUUCGACAAAAUCCCAUCCCUUUGGAAUCUGGAGGCACAGCGGACGUGACGUUAACAGAAUAUGUGGUCGCUAAUCCUGCCAGCCGGCCUGCACAUCACGUGACUACUGGAGCCAGCAGCCAACAGCCUCAGGAACGAAGGCCGGCAACAGCCCCAGAGCCCAGAGAAGUGCAGACUCACGGUGGACCAAUAAGAACUCGCGCCGAGUCACUGGAACGUUUAGAACAACAAAAUAUCGCAGAACAACAGCUGCAAGUGACAGGGUCGGGAUCAUCAGGUGGCAGAGCAGUGCAAAAUACAUAUAGCUUUCUUUGACGCUGGCUCUGGAGCAACAUAUUAUCAGGAUAUCAUCCGGUUAGCCCAUCUGACUAAUAAUGUUCUAUAUUCACCUAUUUAAUGUAAAUAGAAAACUUCUUUGAUACAAUUCCGUUGAUGAAACAUUUCAUUUUAGAAGUUUGUCCUCAUUUAUGGUCGACGUCACAUGGAAUUUUAGGGUGUAUAUGCACCGGGAAUAACGCGAAUACCGGGGAAAAACUGGUAAUUUUUCUUACUGGGAAACAACCGGGAAAGACACAGGAAUUUUCCGGUACUCCGUGAUAACAAGAUAAAUUUUGCACAAUUAGUGCACAAUUCAUAUUUUUUCGGUAACAUUUUUUCCCAUUUUGCCUGGUUGACAUUGUAUAAUAGUAUCGCGUGUCUAAUCGUAUAAAGAUGUAUGCACCAAAAAGGCGAAUUUGGUGGUAAAAGGGCGUAUAAUUUUCUAUUUUUAUGGCAUUCGCUAUAAAGGCACUCGAAACGUUAUAUCUAUACUAAAAUUAGCCGAAAAAAUUAAUGAAGGUAAAAGGCUUUAUGUUUGGUGGAUACGCCCUUUCAGCAUGAAAAUAUAGUUUUAUUUAUCAUUUAUAUAAAUGAUAUAAGGUCGUAUCCGCUAUUUUUGUCUUUUUAUUCAUCAUCGACGCAAAACCCUCCGAAAUAUAAAGGUUUAUCAAUUUCGAGUAGAAAUUUAAAAUUUCAUCUUUUGUAAAAAAAUAAUAUCGAACGUAACUGUACAGGGUCGUACCCGCCGAUUUUGUAUCUUACAUUCGCUUUAAAAUCCUUUAAAACCUAAAGAUUCGUCGAUUUUGGGAACAAUGUUUAAAAUUUUAUAUUUUCUCAAAAAAAAUAUUGGACAUAACGGUAUAAGAUCAUGGUGGGCUAGGAUGGUCCUUGUUUAGGGUGUUUUCGAAAUUCCAAGUUAGAAAAAGUUAAUAAAAUUUUUUUUUUAAAAGUACAUGCCUACGGGUGCCUAUAGUUCAACUUAAAUUACUCCCUUCAAAGCAGUAAAUUUUCCAAUGUAAUUUAAAUGGGAACUUGGGCACACAGCAUUAUUAUUUUUUUUCCUAUCUAAAUAAUGCUUUAAAAAUCUGAAAUUUGGUAUAUGUCUUUCCUAUAGUCAUAAGUAUUUGAAAAAAAUGGCCGAUUUUCAGCAAUAAACGUUUCGAAAUCUCAGCACGUCAAAGUUGUGUUUCAAAGUCGAAAAUAACAAUUACACGAUAUAAAUGGAUUAAUAAGUGGUCCAUCAUUUAAUUUAGUUAUUUAAUUAAAUUUCAAACAAUUAUUUUUUUAACUCACAUGAUCGUAAUACCGAUAACAGCAAAAAUAGUUAAAUUUAUCCAUAUUCAUUUCACGAGUGUUCCUCGCUUGAGCGUGCGAUUUUGUUGAGUUGCGCAUACGUAUUCAUCUACGUAGAGUUACGCAUACGUAACAGAGGCUUUGACGUGAUAUUAUUUAUUUAAUAACUUGGUGUCAAGAUGCGGCUGCGUCUCCUGAUGAUUUCAUAAUUGGUCGUUAAACAAUUUUAUUUUUAAUAUUAUAUGAACUAAAAUGCCAAUAAUGCUAACAAGAAAAAUAUUCGAAGCUUGCUACAUUCCUUUCUCGAGCGUUCAUUGCCUGCGUUAAAAAUAUAACCUUUUGAAAUUUAAUUAAACAAUUAAAUUAAAUAAUUAAUUAAUUAUUAAUCCAUUUAUUUCGUUAAAUAAUGAUUAUAACAUUGAAAAUCGCCCAAUUUUUUCAAAUACUUAUGACCAUAGGAAAGACGUAUACCAAAUUCAAGAUUUGUCGAAGCAUUAUUUAGUUGGGGAAAAAAAUAAUAAUGCUGUGAUCUCAAGUUUCCAUUUAAAAUACACUGGAAAAUUUACUGCCUUAAAGACAGUAAUUUAAGUCGACCUACAGGCUCCAGUUAACGCGUACUUUUGAAAAAAAAUGUUCGUAAACUUUUUCCGCUUCGUCUGCACGGAAUUUCGAAAACACCCUAAAUAACGAUCACCCUGAUGUGGGCACAUGCGAACUUACACCAUUAGAGAACGUGAUUAUUUUUUAUAAAAUUCGUGAUGAAAGGGCAUAAUCGACAGUAUUUACGACCUUUUAUGUAUCCUCAAAUACAAAGGGGAAAAAAUUCGCCUUUUUUACCUUUACAUGUAGUAAAAGGUCGUAUAAUGAGACGCGAUGUACCUGAUGCCGAAUGAAGGUUCUAACAUACUUUAAAUAUUCAAAUUAUCAAUGUACCCUGAAAUCCUUAGCAUGUUGAUGAAAAGCUCUCGCGCAAAUUGUAGUAAUCUCAGAUUUCAUUGUUGGAAUUUUAUAUUUCGCAAGCUAUAAACAUCAUUUAUGAAGACUAAAGCAUGGUAUUAUAAAAAUGUAUGAAAGGUUUGUUAUUUCUUCAAUAUGCAAAGUAACAGGAAUAUGCAAAGUAAUACUGAUAAUCUAUGUCAAGGUACCCAGGAAACAAAAAAAUUUCACCAGUAAAUUCGUGAAAAAGGCGGGAUUUUUUUUCUGGUUUCCGUAUACACCCUGAAUUUGUAUUAUAUAUUUUCGGCCAAGGUUUAUUUUGCAUUUUCACGAUGGUCCUGUGACAUUAGGUCAUUAUUUGGCAUAUUUGUCGAGUCUAUGAGUUUGUCAUUCAGAAAUACUCUUUGAAAACGGAAUGUACUGUGAAAAACGAAAUUUACAACUGUGUUUGACAAUGGAUUAAUUUACAGUUUCAAGGUCAACUGUUUGUUAUAGUACAACUAUAUAUGUAUAUAAAACUAAUAUUGAUAUCCCUCUUACUAAACCUUAAAUCAUAUAGGUGAAGGUCCUGUGGCUUAGGUAUAUCCAUUACCUAAGAUAUUUGUAUCAAACUUAGCUCGAGAUGAAAUCUAAUUCAUAAAUUACACGGAAGUCAUAAAUUGUUUACAAUAUAUACUUUAAUGAACUUUCGAGGUAUUUGAUAUACCUUUACUUUUUUAUUUUUAGCAACUUGAAGGCAACUCGUUUUCAGUCAAUAUUUAUACAAUGACAAAGCGUCUGUGCUCGAUUGAAAUGUAAAAAUUGUGCAUAUAAUAAAUACAAUUUUACUCAGUUUCAUGACAUUUAACAUUGUAAAUAGUUUUGCAUAAAAAUACUCAUAGAUAUACAAUUCAAUCAACUAUAUUCAUUUGAAUAUAGAACCUUGUAACUGAAUAUAACAUUUGAAUUAUUUGGAGAAUUCAGAACUCAUGUGCUUCAUUUUGAAAAUGCUUAUCGAGUCACUGAGCAGCUACUUUUGAAUCUAUAUCGAUACUGCAAAUAUAAUAAUGUUGCCAAAAUUAUGUCACACCUAAAUUCCUAUGGAAUUAAUUUGCCUCUCUGUAUUUUAUGCGUAUAACGAUCUAUAAAAACUGCAUAGCGAGCACUGGUCUACUAGUGUUUGGCGACAAUUCGCUAUCGGGAAUCUUAAUUUGGGAUUUACAUUUACUAACAAGGAAGGUAUCCCAGGUUGAUUUCUACGAUUUUAUUUCUUUUCUAAUUUGUUAUAAUAGAUUAACAACUAAGCUACAGAUAUUUUCUUUUAUCUGCCAUUAAACACUUUAAGAGGGUGAAACCAUCCUUCAAAUUAAAGCAUGUUAAGGGAGGAUUUGACAGUUCUUUUUUUUUUUAUUUAAUUUAGAGAAUUACAUUUUUCAUUUCUCGUUAUGAGGAAACUUUUUCAGUUAGAUUGGUUAAAAAAUAUUGAUACCUUCCUUGUGAGAAUUUUACCAAGUGCAAUUCAGAAUCACGAAUGAUUUCAAGUUAUCUAACGGUUUGAGUAUCUUUAAAUAAGACAUUGAAAUUUCGAAUCUGUUAAAUCCACUCAAAUAUACAUAUUCGUUUAAACCAUAACUCACGUUUCAAGUAAGCAAAGGAAAAAUUUUUGUCGAGAGAUAAACAUGAUUCUAAUAUUUAAUUAUGCACCCCUUCUGUACAUAUGCGUUAAUACAGUAAUCACGUCUAUUUGGGGUCCUGAAAGGUUCAUGUAAAAUGUAGAUUCAGUACAGAUGCGUAUUUUCACAACGUAUUAAUCAAUUGUUAUCAGCCAAGUAAAAAUACUAGAGAAUCCUAAUUCUCAACAAAUCCCUGUAGAUAGAAAUAUUUACUUCAUCAAAUCUGUUGAGGUAAUUUAUCUAUACCUGAUAUUUUUCUGAAACUAAGAAGACGAUUAGAAGAAGAUUAGGAAACGAUGGACAAAAGCAAUUCUCAUGUUUGUAUGAUAUAUCAUAAAAUAAAGUAUGCGUAUUGCAUUUAUUAAACGAA